AUGAAUAUCAUAAAUGAUAAUUGGUCAGAUAAUAAAAAACCUUAUAUUUCAAGGGCUCUUAUUGAAGUUCUUCUACUUCCUGAAGAACAGCCUUCUCUUAAACAAAUUAAUGUUAUUAAAGAUCUACACACUCAUGAAAAUGUUGAGAGGAUAAUUGAGGGGAAAUUUAUAGAUUUAUCCAAAGAAAUUGAAAAGAUUAUUAAAAACCUGCCCAUUCUUAAAGAUCUAAAAGAAUCAAUUGAAGAUCCGAAAACAAAUAAACAAUAUUUCUGA